AUGCGUGUCAAGACUUGCGCGCGUCCUGGCGACACCUCUAUGGACCCGGCUGACAUCGUCAUCAACGCGGUUGAUCCUUGUCAUAUCCGCCUGGUUGUAUCGGGGACGUCUUGCGACAAGUACCCAGCUAAGCAACAUGCGCGCAACGUGGCAAGUAGGCUCGGAGUGUCGCAUGGUCUCAUUUUCAUCGCUGGUGAGCCCACGGCCAAUUGGCGUGAUUCUGAUCAAUCCCGUCCAUUCCGACAGCGACGGUAUUUCUAUUAUCUCAGCGGCGUAGGCGAAUCUGACUGCGCCUUGACGUACGAUAUCGGUCAGGAUGUGUUGACUCUGUUCGUGCCUGACUUUGAUCUCCGGCGCGCGAUCUGGAUGGGCCCAACGCUAUCGCGAGAGGAGGCGCGGGAUCGGUACAACGCGGAUCGGGUGAUGUAUCAAUCAUCGCUCGUGCCUGAGCUGGUUUCGUGGCUAGGCAAACGGCCACAAGACAGUCUGCUCUACAUGGUCCACAAUUCAGAGAUACCCGAGGGUCUCUCUGCAGACUUACCAGUGGAUACGGACUCGCUCAGGCCAGCUAUGGAUGCCGCUCGAGGAGUGAAAGAUGAGUUUGAGAUCCGCAUGAUCCGGCAAGCCAACCGGGUGUCAGCUUUGGCGCAUCGCCAGAUUCUGCAGAAUAUUCACCAGAUGUCGAACGAAUCGGAGAUUGAAGGUUCAUUUUUGAACACAUGCAUCUCUCAUGGUGCUCCAAAUCAAUCGUACCAGAUCAUUGCCGCCUCGGGACCCAACGCCUCUGUCCUUCACUAUGUGCGAAACAACGAGUCUCUCAAGAAUAAGCCACUGGUUUGUCUCGAUGCUGGUGCCGAAUGGCAGUGCUAUGCAAGCGAUGUGACACGAACAUUCCCGCUUGGAGGCGAGUGGCCCAGCAAAUACACUCGGGAUAUCUAUCGAGUUGUCGAGCGUAUGCAGGAGGAAUGUAUCAAGCGGAUCCGCCCGGGAACCCGAUUCCUUUCGCUUCAUGACCUUGCUCAUGAGAUAGCCAUCAUUGAGUUGCUGCAUCUUGGUGUGUUCAAGGGCGGCAGCCUUUCCGAGAUUCGCGAGUCCGGCGCCUCUAAGGUCUUCUUCCCCCAUGGCCUCGGCCACCACGUUGGGCUCGAGGUUCACGAUGUGUCCGAGUCGUCAAUCAUGGCUCUUCAUCCUGACUUUGACCACGAUCAAUACGGACCUAUUUUGAACCCCCUGGCAGAGGGUAUGGUUGUGACCGUAGAGCCGGGUAUCUAUUUUUCGGCAUUGGCUCUCGCAAACGCGCGGAAACAGCCACAUGCAAAGUAUAUUGAUUUUGAGGUCGCCGAGAAAUACGUUCACAUUGGCGGAGUACGAAUCGAAGAUGACAUCCUGGUCACUCGCAACGGUUAUGAAAAUCUGACUACUGCUCCGAAGGGGGAGGACAUGCUUGCAAUUAUAAGAGAGUCUGCGAGGAAGGCUUGCAAGGAAAGUGGCGUCUGA